AUAUAUAAAGUUUUGGCAUUAAUGUAAACUACACAGAAACCGUUCCGUUCUUCUUCACCAUCGGAACCUCUCAAAUCUCUGUGCAAACUCCAAAUCCCUAGAUUCGAUUUGAACCAUGCAAGACUCCUCCAGACCCGCCACUGGUUAUCCGUACCCGAACCCGUACCCGUACCCUAAUCCUCCUCCGCCAUCCGCCGCCGUCAACGGCUAUCCUCCACCGCACGCCGGCGCAGCAGGAUACCCUUACCACUAUGCUCCGCCGCAGACAAACCCACGCGCCGUCCUCUACCGCCGUCUCUUCAUCAUCUUCAUGGCGUUCCUCCUCAUAAUCGGUCUCGCCCUUUUCAUCCUCUUCCUCGUUGUUCGACCCCACUUGCCCGAUGUCAGCCUCAACUCUCUCUCCGUCUCCGACUUCAACGUGUCCAAUAGUAUGAUUUCCGGGAGGUGGGAUCUUCAAUUCCAGGUCAGAAACCCUAAUUCUAAGAUGUCGCUGUACUACUACGAAGUCGACUGUUUCGUGUACUACCGCGGAGAGUCGCUGUCGAGAUCUCGCCUCCCGCCGUUUAAUCAGGGAACGAAGGAUCAGACGCCGAUCAACGCUACUGUUUUGGUCGCUUUGAGUUAUUUGGAGGGUCGAUUGGUGGAUUCGAUCGGGAAGGAGAGGGCCGCGCGUGGGCGCGUGGAGUUCGAUGUGAAGCUUUUCUCCUACGUCGGAUUCAAAUACGGCGUGAUACGGCGGAGGAGAUUCGUUAAGGCGUUCUGCGACAACGUCGCCGUGGAUCUUCCGGCGAACAGUAAAUCCGGGAAGAUGAGCGGUCCGGCAAAGGAGUGCAAGGUUUAUUGAAGAAGUUUCAGAUUUGGAUGAUGAAAUGGGGAUGAUCAGCUUGAUAUGGAUACUGAAUAUGGUCAUGCUUUUGGGUGUUCCACAAAAAGUUUGGUGUUUUGGGUAAUUGUCAUAUGAAUGGAAUGUGGGCUCUGGAUGGGGCAAAGAUGCGAGCUUUGGGAUGAGAGUUGGACGUUAGAAUGUUGGGUCAUUGCUAUGAAGUUAUAUAGGUAUCGGAAAUAACUCUAUUAUGUAUCUCUAUCUUAAGCUGAAGCAUCAGAAUGUUUGAUGGUUUGGUAUUCGUAAUGAGGUUCAACCGUUGCAUAUC